CGAUGAACGGGCCUUUCCAUAGGUGUCUUCUUUAUUGGUCGAAGAAGGUUUACAGUUCUCAACACUUUGUUAAUUCGCUUUAUGGCAACUAAAAAUACGUCAUUCUAGUGCGUUCCAGUCAUUUGGACUUCCAUCUACCUUGAAUAUAAAUAGGCGCGAUACGUACAGACUCAAAACAACAUUAUACAGUCCAAGUGAAGAAUUUCAAGAUAACGUCAGUUGAAGGUAUGUCUCUUUACACACUCUUCGCCACGUGCUGCAUGGUCGGGAUUGUUAUAUCAGGACCGGCACAAGACAUCAGUUCGCUACGAAUCCUAGGUUGCUCGUGUAGCACGUGUAACGUCGAGCAGAUCGGUUACGCCAUCCAUGGAAGCGUAAGAGCAACCUUUAAUGGUAAAGAGGUCCGAUGCUCUGAACAACCCAUUGUAGGUUUCGGUGCGAUAGUUGUUGGCUGGAAUCUGGCAUGUGACCUACCUAACACUUCCGGUCUGGUCGGUACGUUUGAGGUCAGUUAUGUAGGCGCCGAUCACCAGAUCUGUGGAAUCAGCUUUGACCGUGUUUCCAUCUCGAGCUGCUCUGUUCUCGGUGUACCCUGCGGUUCUAUUGGGUAGAGAAUAACUAAGCAUUUAGUGUCGUAUUUAUGCUCACCUUGUUAUGUGUUUGUUUAAUGUUCAAAAUAUGCAACAUGUUCUACUUUCCAAUAAUGUUCAAUUGUCAAAAUGUUUACGACAUUUCUUGAAUAAAUAUAGUUUUAACUAACUUA